AGACACUCCCUCGGUGUGGCGCAUUGCAAGACUUGACUCGCAGCUUCUAGUUAGGACUCUAUCGACGCAUAAGAAACCUCUGUACAUGGGGUUAAAGACGAAGCAUGGAUCCAAUUCAAGAAAAACCGAGCAAGGAGGUCGACAUUUAUCGUGACACAUGGGUCCGCUUCUUAGGCUAUGCCAACGAGGUGGGAGAGGCCUUCCGUGCCCUGGUGCCAGUGAGUGCUGUAUGGGCCACAUAUGCAGUAGCCACCGUGUAUGUUUCCGCUGAUGCUGUGGACAAGGGGAAGAAGGCUGCCGUGGAGCAUGGUGACAACCCAGGGAAGACAACCAAGGUGGCUGUAGCGGUGGUGGACACGUUUGUAUGGCAGGCCCUGGCCUCGGUCGCUAUCCCAGGCUUCACCAUCAACCGUGUGUGUGCUGCCUCUCUCUACCUCCUGGGCAAAACAACACGCCUGCCCCUCUCCGUACGCAAGUGGACCACCACGGCCAUUGGCCUCUCCACCAUCCCCUUCAUCAUCCACCCCAUCGACAGGGGAGUGGACUUCCUGCUGGACUCCAGCCUGCGUAAGGUCUACGGUCAAUCUGCAGGAGAGAGGCACGACUAAUAAUCACCACGACCACCCUGCAGCCUGGUCCUAGUGUCCCUGGACAGGUUAGCUCCACCAGGAAGUUUACCCUCCCACCCUCUGACCCAGACAGGACUUCCUCCCAAGCCAUCUGAAACCUCUGCUGAUCCCACUACUGUAACAUCACUGUGAAGCACAAAGCCAAUACAGCAGGGUUCCUCUACUCCAGACCUCCAGGGCCACUGUACUGUCUGCCACUUGUCUAUGCCCCUCUGUCUAUUCUCAUCUUUUCAUUUUAAACUCCAAGUUAGGGGGAUCUAUGACCCUUUGGCCAGUCAAUGACUUUGUAUAAGGGGGAAAAGGGAUCCAACAGACAGUGUUGCCCUCCAGGACUGGAAUUGAAUACCCCUGGCUGCAGAGCCCACCUAUUCAUUUUCAGACCUCCACUUGGUGCAUAUCCAGGUAACUCUUGAUGUUAGCCAUAUUUGGGAAUAUUUGGGUCAAUGUCCUUAGACCUGGCAUUAAGACCCUAUUUUCAUUACAUGUAAACAUCUGCCUUUGUUUUUGUUUGUUGUUUAUUUCCGCCUCAAAAAGAAGGUCUUAUGUACAGUUGUCUGUCACUUUGAAUAGAUCUUUACAGAGUAUAUUGUGAUGCACUUGUCAAUGUUCAGUCUUUAGAUUAACCUUAGGUCUUUUUUGCCCCUUGUCAUUCAUUACCGAGGUGAACAGAAUAGAUGUAACAAUUCUGGAAAUGUUGGUUAGCACUAAAGAUUCAGUUACUUUGGUAGCAUCUAAGGUAUAGAAAGCACUGUAAUUAUUGUGUAACAUGCCCUAUGCAGAAAGCAUAUGAAGGGAAUAUGCAUAAAAUACUGUAAUUAUUGCCAAAGAUUUAGGCUACUCUAGAAGAGGAACCCAUCAGUAGACAAAGUUGUGCUGCACUAUGCAAGCAAUCCAAGUGAUCUUAUACAAAAAUGGGAAUUGCUAUUGGAAUAUAUAAAUCAGGGUGCUCCAACCCUGUUCCUGGAGAGCUACCGUUGUGUAGGUUUUUGCUCCAACUCUAAUCUAGUGCACCUGAUUCUAA